AAUUUAUUGUCUAAUCAUACAAAGUAAGAGUCUUAAUUACAAUUCCACAGCAAUAGCACCACCUACUAAGCACACUAUAUAAUGAGUUCAUAGGAUGUUGAUUUCAUUCACAGUAAGCUACACAAAUCCUGCAAUUCGAAGAAAAUGGAACUCUCCAAGCUUUUGAUCACCCUUCUCAUUCUUCAAGCUAUUUUUCCCUCCCACACCUCAACCCAAGCAGCUCCUGCAAACUCGGACCUUUUCAGAGAAUACAUAGGAGCAGAAUUCAACAAUGUCAAAUUCACCGAUGUUCCUAUCAACCCGAAUGUCGAUUUUCACUUCAUUCUCUCCUUUGCUAUAGACUAUGACACUUCAAGUUCUCCAUCUCCCACCAAUGGACAAUUCAACGUCUUUUGGGACUCUGAUAAUCUCAGCCCUUCUCAAGUUUCUUCUAUCAAGAACCAAUAUUCUAAUGUCAAAGUGGCUUUAAGUCUUGGGGGAGAUAGUGUACAGGGUGGCUAUGCUUACUUCAAGCCUUCAUCAGUCGAUUCUUGGGUUUCAAAGGCUGUUUCUUCGCUUACAAAAAUCAUCAAACAGUAUAAUUUAGAUGGUAUUGAUAUUGAUUAUGAGCACUUUCAGGCUGAUCCUGAUACCUUUGCUGAAUGCAUAGGAAAGCUUAUAACGAACCUGAAGAACAAUGGUGUCAUCUCUUUUGCUUCUAUUGCUCCAUUCGAUGAUGACCAAGUUCAGAGCCAUUAUCAGGCAUUGUGGAAGAAAUAUGGAAAUCAGAUAGAUUAUGUGAACUUUCAAUUCUAUGCAUAUGAUCAAGGAACAACAGUGUCUCAGUUCAUGAGCUAUUUCACGACCCAAAGCUCCAAUUAUAAUGGAGGUAAGGUGUUAGUGAGCUUUAUCAGUGAUGGAAGUGGUGGAUUAGCACCAAAUGAUGGGUUCUUUACUGCCUGCAAUAGGCUUAAGAGUCAGAACCAAUUACAUGGCAUCUUUGUUUGGUCUGCAGAUGACUCCAAGGCUAAUGGUUUUCGCUAUGAGAAGCAAUCACAGGCUCUAUUAGCAAUACGCCAUUAAUGUAUUACUUUCUGAAUGUUUAGCCUGUGAGAUAAUGUAUAAUUCUAUUAUGAAUACAGUUAAAUAAGUUAUUGCUAAUUAUUCUA